AUGGCGGCCCGUAAGCUCUUUCAUAAGUUGGAAACAAACACAGAAAAGGUCUUACGAUUCGUGAACGAAGAACCUGUGGUGUACCCCGCUAUCCAGGUUUUCAUUGAUACAGGGCUAUGGGAUGCUUGGACCUCUAGCGGCGGAGGAGAGAAAGACGUUGGCGAGUUGAGGGCAAUGGCUGGUAAAGAUAUUGACCCAGAGCUGCUGCAACAUCUUUUACAACUACUUGCUUCAAGUCACAUUAUCGAGGAAGUCGGAGAGGGUCUUUUCAAGCCGACGGUCUUUUCGCUCUCUCUUGGCGACAAGAGUACUCUUAUUGCGCCAGCGCUCCGAGUAAGAACUGACCAUAUUAUGCAUUCUUCUAUUCACUUUCCCGAAUUUUUGGCCAAGACUGGCUACCGCAUGCCAUCAGAUGACACUAAUAGUUGUUAUAUUGAUACUUACCCCGAGAAAAAGGAUUAUUUUGGCCGAUGCAAGGAGAAUCCUUCGUAUCAAGAGAGCUUCUCUAGCCUUCUGACUCUAUGGGGCAAGCACAGGAGACCAUGGCCUCAGUUUUACGAUACUCAGGCACUUCUUGAGGGUUCUGAUUUGAGCGAUGGUAGUGCACUAGUUGUGGAUAUUGGAGGGCAUCAUGGCGCAGAUCUUUUUCACGUCCUUCAGAAACAUCCUGAUAUCCCUGCAGGAUCACUCGUGCUAGAAGAUUUGCCAAAGGUUAUUGCUUCUGCCAACAUUACUACAGACAAGAUCAAAGCUAUAGGACAUAACUUUUUCGAGCCACAGCCAGUUAAAGGUUAUCGAGUAUACUACUUUCACGCUGUUCUUCAUGACUGGCCAGACAAGACAGUGGUCGAUAUUUUGAAACAGGUCGCAGCUGCCAUGAAGCCUGGCUAUUCAAAGGUGUUAAUAAAUGAUAUAGUUCUCCCAACUGUGGGAGCUAGCAGCUACCAAACUGCGUUGGAUUGUUUCAUGCUGCAAAUAUCUGGCAAGGAAAGAACAGAGGCGGUUUGGAAUAGAGUGAUUAGCGAAGCCGGUAUGAGGAUUGUUAAUAUCUGGCCAGAUGGCCGUGGGUAUGAGAGCUUAGUUGAAGCCGAACUGCUAUAG